AUGGCACGAAUCGAUUUGAAAGGUUUUGGUGCUUGUUUGUCAACAAAAUCCAACGACAACAAUGACGACGAUCUCGCUGAUUUCGGCUUUGAUACCCUACCGGAUUAUGAUGAUGUAAGUGUUGUUUCGGCCUACUUCUCCUAG